CAAAGGUAUGGCUUAUGAGCAUUGAGCAACUCCGCAAUAUCAGACCAUCAAGAUUCAAGAUCAGGAAUGUCAAAGUUAGUUUUGUUGACAUCAGUGGACGAAUUGGCGCCCGUCUCAGGAAUUAAGACUGAUUAAUUGUGUUGUUUGAAAGAAUGCAAGAUGGAUGUACAGGAUGAAGAAAUAUCAGAGGCUACUGAAGCCCUCUUGGAAGAUGCUUGGGAAGAUGAUGAUUUUUUUGAGGGUGUACUUGAAGAAGUUGACAACUCUCUCAACACACACACUCCCUCGGAUGCUGUGCUUGAAGAGGAAGAGGAUGUCCUGCCUGAGGGAGUUCCUCCACCUUCAGAAGAACAUCUUGAAGUCCUGCAGAACUACUUUGGUCAUUCCUGUUUCCGUCCAAUGCAAUGGAAAAUUAUCUAUGCUGUCCUGCAGAAACAAGACAACUGUGUGGUAAUGGCAACAGGCUAUGGGAAGAGUUUGUGUUACCAGUUUCCUGCAGUGUAUCAAAGAGGUGUUGCUGUGGUAGUCUCUCCUUUGAUAUCCCUCAUGGAGGAUCAGGUUAUGGGCCUCGAGGCCUUGAACAUCCCUGCCUGCUUCCUUGGUAGUGGUCAAACAAACAAGAGUGAAGUCUACCAAAAUAUGUUUAAUGGAGUAUAUCGGGUUGUAUAUGUGACUCCAGAAUUUAUAGAUGCAUGCUCAGAUAUACUGGAGAAUCUCAUGAAGAAAGUGGGUAUCAUGUUAUUUGCCAUAGAUGAGGCCCAUUGUCUCAGUCAGUGGGGACACGACUUCCGCUCCUCAUACAGAAAACUUGGAACAAUAAGGAAAAAGUUUCCUACUGUUCCAAUUCUGGCUGUGACAGCAACAGCAACACAGACCGUGCAGAAGGACAUUUGCUCUGUGCUAAAGUUGAGACAUCCUGUGGUUACUGUUACCAGUUUUGACCGACCAAAUCUUUAUCUUGAAGCAAAGCUUAAAAGUAAAAGCGUUCUGGAGGACAUACUGCCACUCAUGGUACGAGAACCUGGAGGAAACUACUCUCCAGAUGGACCAACCAUUAUUUAUUGUCCAACAAAGAAGAUCACAGAAGAAGUGGUUUCUGAAUUAAGAGCGGCUGGGGUGAAGUGUGAAAUGUACCAUGCUGGAAUGAACAAAAGAGAGAGGGAGGCAGCUCAUCAUAAAUUUUCUUUUGAUAAGGUAGACGUAAUAGUGGCUACUGUUGCGUUUGGCAUGGGCAUCAAUAAGCCAGAUGUAAGGCGAGUAAUACACUAUGGAGCUCCUGGCAGCCCUGAGUCUUACUACCAGGAAAUAGGCCGUGCAGGAAGGGAUGGCCUACCAUCAACCUGCACAGUGUUUUAUGGUUCUGGGGAUGACCGUCUUCAUAGAUAUUUCAUCAGUACCUUGAACUCAGAAGAGUUUCGAGAGCAUCAGUAUGCCAUGUUGAGGAAAAUGUCCAAGUUCCUGAACCAGACCACUUGUCGAAGGAUAGCAAUCUUAUCUCACUUCACAUCAAAGGUUGAUAAAACUUCACCAAAGAAAGACUGCUGUGAUAACUGUACAAAGAAUUUACUUGGAGAUACUUCAAAUAAAAAGUCAUCAUGGUUAUCUGCAGUUCUUGAUAAGGAGGAUAAAUAUGAUUUCACUUCAGAUGCAAAGAAGAUUUUUGAAACAGUAAAGAGGGGUCUUAGUUGUGGAUCUACAUCUCUUAUCUACAUUCUUCGAGGUUCCAAGUGCCAGCGAGUGAAACCACAUUGGAUGAAGAUGCCCACAUAUGGAGCUGGGAAAGACAAAAAUGAAGCUUUUUGGAAGGAGCUUAUUCAGAUGUUGGUGCAUAAUGAAUGGCUCACAGAGAGUCUAGUUUCUUGUGGGCAGAGCUGGGGCCGGGGCAGAGGCAGAGGCAAAGCUGACUUCAUGUCUUACAGUGCCAUUGGAUUGGGUGAGAGAGCAUAUCAUGCUCUUAAGGAUCCUAAUGUCAAAGUACGUUUAGCACCAUCAGCCAUCAUGAUGGAGCAACUAAAGUGUGUGGUGAAGAGGAGUGACCUGAAUCAUGGUGCAGCCUCCACCACCACUACUACUACCUCUGUCCGACAAACAUUCAAUCCAAGGGACUUCUUAUUCACACCAAGUAGGGAGAGAGAAAGAUCCACUUCAAAACAAAACUCAGCAAGUUCUAAGCUUCUGCAAGUUCCUGGCAUUGCCACUGCUUUGGGGUCUGUCAGGACUGAUGUGGUGCAGGCCCACCAAAGUAAGGAGCUGAAUAAGGAUGAAUCUCAUGAAAAUGAGGAAGAUCAAGAAAAGCAAAAAUUGAUGAUGGAGUUGUACAAGUCUCUCUUGGAGCUGAGAAACUCUCUUGCUGAUGAAAUUAACUUCAUGCCUUACCUGGUCGCCACAAACAAGACCAUGCUUCUGCUCACCCAGGAGAGGCCCACCACACUCUCCGGCCUUCGGAAAAUUGAGGGGAUGAGUGAAGCUAAAAUUGCAAAAUUUGGUCGUUACUUCAUUAGCCACAUUCACUCCUUCUGCCAAGAAAACAAUUUAAGCUGCCAGGAUUAUGAAGUUAAGGGUGGUGAAGGAAGCCAGCCUGACGAUCAGGAUUGGAGCUUUCAGAAGACAUCAUUUGGAUGGCGUUUUAAAAGGAAUUCUGCAAGUUCAACAUCCAUACCCACUUCCUCUGGGUGGUUAUCUAAAGCAAAACCACAAGUGGACUCCUGUAAUGUAAAGCAUCCAGUGUCUUCACAUUCAUCAGUCAGUGCAGUAAAUCCAGCUGAGGGAAAUGUUAGAAAUACAUUAAACUCAUCAGGAAUAGAAAAAGAUACAGAAACUUCAUCUGUGUCUGGAAAUUACCUUGAGAAUAAGAACAGAAAGGAAAGUGAGAAGAAUUUGGUUGAAAAUAAAGCUAAUGUGAAGUACACUAUCCCAAAAUUAAGUGAAGCCAUUUCUACUAAUGACGAAGACUUUUUUGAUGACCUUAAUGAUGUAGAUCCAGUCUCUUCCCAUUCAUCACACAGUGCAGUAACUCCAGCUGUUAAAACAAGAGACUUUAGUGAGGGAAAUAUUAAAAAUACAUUAAACUCACCAAGAAUGGAAGAAGAUACAGAAAUUGCAUCUGUGUCUGGUUAUCUUGAAAAUAAGAACAGAAAGGAAAGUGAGAAAAAUGUGGGUGGAAGUAAAGAUAAUGAGAAGUACACUAUACCAAAAUUAAGCAAAGCCAUUUCUACUAACGAUGAAGACUUUUUUGAUGACCUUAAUGAUGUAGAUUUUUCAGAAGAACUUGAUGCAGAAGAUAGCUGUAGUGAAAGAAGAAUUUCUCAGGAAGCAGAGAAGAUACAGCCACCAUAUCCAUCUAGUUUUUCAGGCACAACACAGAAAAGCUCAACACUUACUCAUUCACAGGAAUUGAGCAAAAGGUCCACAGAGAAGAGAGGGAUACAAUUUUGUAAUGAUGAUGAUUCACAGUCAAAGAAAGAUAAGCAAGAAUACUCAGAUGCAAAGUAUGAAAACAUUCUCUUGAAUAGAAAGAGAGAAUUAAAAGGAAGUCAAUGGAUUGAUGCAAGGAAAAUGAAAAAGAAAGUAAAGUCAAAUAUGUUUUUCAAAGCCUAAUAAAGCAUUACAUUAUUUUCUUAAAAGAAUGAUUGUUUCCUAAUUUUUUACCAUUAUGAGUUUUCUGUGUUGUAUAUCUCAUUCUGUAUGAAACAGUACAGGAAUAUUUUUCCACUAAGAUUUAGACUAUGUUUUAUUCUCUUCAGGAACAUUUUUAUUGUGAUUUAGAUUAUUUUUUUAUUCAGUGUUUGUCACUUCAGGAACAUUUUUAUUGUCUAUUUAUACUUGUAAUGUACAAACUGAAAAUUUCACCUUGUAAGAAAAUUGAGCUUUAAAUAAUAAGAUAAUUACCAUAUGAAAUACUUUAAGCAACCCAUUUAAAAGUCUUUAAAUUUGAAAUUAUUUAUAUGGAUAAUGUAUUAGUGUUGUACAGUGCUGUAUCUGAUUAUGUUAAAUAAUUGAAAGAAAAAGUUCUGUGGAAGUCACUGAUGACAAGAAAAGAAGGGAAGUGUGUGAUUGAGUGUAAGGAAUGUGGGCUAAGGCACCCUGUUACCUGCAGUGCUUGGAGUGCAUGAUGCAAAUAUAUGAAAGAUCUUGGAAGUAAAGAGAAAAGAGUAUAAAAUAGUUAGUAUGGUUGCUAUGGAUUUAGAUGUGAGUUACAGAGUGGCACAAUAAUGUGAAUGUAAUAUAAUGUAAUAAAGUAACAGAGCAACAUUUAUUA